GGCUCCGCAGAGUGACCCUUUUUCUUGGAAAAGCGGUGGCGAGAGAAGUGAAGGUGGCUGUUGGGUAGGGAGUCAAGACUCCUGGAAGGUGGAGAGGGUGGCGGGAGGAUGAGCUCGCCGGGCACAGAGAGCGCAGGGAAGAGCCUGCAGUACCGAGUGGACCACCUGCUCAGCGCCGUGGAGAGCGAGCUGCAGGCGGGCAGCGAGAAGGGAGACCCCACCGAACGCGAACUGCGAGUGGGCCUGGAGGAGAGCGAGCUGUGGCUGCGCUUCAAGGAGCUAACUAACGAGAUGAUUGUGACCAAGAACGGCAGGAGGAUGUUCCCGGUGCUGAAGGUAAAUGUGUCAGGCCUGGACCCCAAUGCCAUGUACUCUUUCUUGCUGGACUUCGUGACGGCUGACAACCACCGCUGGAAAUAUGUGAACGGGGAGUGGGUACCUGGGGGCAAACCAGAGCCUCAGGCGCCCAGCUGCGUCUACAUCCACCCAGACUCGCCCAAUUUUGGGGCCCACUGGAUGAAGGCGCCUGUGUCUUUCAGCAAAGUCAAACUCACCAACAAGCUCAAUGGAGGGGGACAGAUCAUGUUAAACUCCUUGCAUAAGUAUGAACCUCGGAUUCACAUCGUGAGAGUUGGGGGCCCGCAACGCAUGAUCACCAGCCACUGCUUUCCCGAGACCCAGUUCAUAGCUGUGACUGCCUACCAGAAUGAGGAGAUUACAGCCCUUAAAAUUAAAUACAACCCAUUUGCUAAAGCCUUCCUUGAUGCCAAAGAAAGAAACGACCACAAAGAUGUAAUGGAGGAACCGGGGGACUGCCAGCAGCCGGGGUAUUCCCAAUGGGGGUGGCUUGUUCCUGGUGCUGGCACCCUCUGCCCGCCUGCCAGCUCCCACCCUCAGUUUGGAGGCUCGCUCUCUCUCCCCUCCACACACGGCUGUGAGAGGUACCCAGCUCUAAGGAACCACCGGUCAUCGCCCUACCCCAGCCCCUAUGCUCAUCGGAACAGCUCUCCAACCUAUGCGGACAAUUCAUCUGCUUGUCUGUCCAUGCUGCAGUCCCAUGAUAACUGGUCUAGCCUCGGAGUGCCUGGCCACACCAGCAUGCUGCCUGUGAGUCAUAACGCCAGCCCACCUACUGGCUCUAGCCAGUAUCCCAGUCUCUGGUCUGUGAGCAAUGGUACCAUCACCCCAGGCUCCCAGACAGCUGGGGUGUCCAACGGGCUGGGAGCUCAGUUCUUUCGAGGCUCCCCUGCACAUUACACACCACUGACGCACACGGUCUCAGCUGCCACGUCCUCGUCUUCUGGUUCUCCGAUGUAUGAAGGGGCUGCUACAGUCACAGACAUUUCUGACAGCCAGUAUGACACGGCCCAAAGCCUCCUCAUAGCCUCGUGGACACCUGUGUCACCCCCAUCUAUGUGAAUUGAACUUUCCUCCAUGUGCUGAGACUUGUAACAACCGGUGUCAACUGGAUCUUCUAGGCUCAAAGUGGCAGGCUCUUGGGACAAGGGAAAAAUAAAUAAAUAAAAGCUAGAUACUAACAACUCCAUUUUCAAAUAAGAGCAAUAAUACAUGUCCUAUAAUCAUGUUCUACAGCCUCUUGUUUGAUACCUACAGUAGUGAUAUGUGUCCUACAUUAUGAAGCCAAGGACAGAGAGACGGCUGUGGUCCAGUUUUUUGUGACUGGCAGUUAAUCAGAGUCCUUUGCUAGGUAGGGUCCUAUAUCUUGUGUUUCUCUACAACAUAUAUGUGACUUUGAAAUCCUGGAAUUCGUCCACCCCCUGUCCUACUUUAGUGAGACACAAGGUACACCUCUAAUGUCCUCCCUUGUUGCCUUAGAGUAGUUAACUUUGAGGACAGAAAAAAGCAUAGCCAGAAGAUUGUAACUGAACCGUCAACUGUUCUGCCCUUGGAACAUGCCUACUUUAAGCACACGUAGCUUUUUGUGUUGGGAAGUCAACUGUAUGGAUACUUUUCUGUUGACAAAGUAGCCAAAGACAAUCUGCAGAAAGUGUUUUCUGCACAAUAAAGGCAAUAUAUAGCACCUGG